AUGAAGCUCCUCGCUCUCCUCGCUCUCUACUGGGCGGUGGCAUACAGCUUGGUCAUCACAAACCAGCCUGUGCGCCCAACACGCCCCCGUCUACCGGGCACCAAGACCAGCACUCAGCGGCCUCAGGGUACCUUUGAGCUUCGGCCACGCAAUACCAAGUCGACUCAAUUUGGACUUGGAAAAGGAAAAGGAAAUCAAGAGCCAAAAGUCACGUUACAUUUUCCAAACUAUCCAGCGCCCUCACAGGCUGCAAGACAAUCCGCCGUUGAGAAAUAUUAUGAUUUUCAGCAUAAAAACGACCCAGACUACAAUCCAGAGAUGACGAAGCUCAAUACAGUCCCUAGCUUGGACAAUUUCAACACCGAGCAUGUAUAUGAAGGGCAGACACUUGGUCGCUUCUUUGACUGGCUCAUUGAAGCGGGAAGUUCUAAAGUUCCUUUCCCUACUGUGUACGGUCGUCCAAACCAAUCGUGGAUGAAAAACAUUCUUAACCCUGAAAACUUGAACGGACAAAACGAUUUUCAAUUCAGUAUACCUUCACAAGGUCCCCAACAAGGUCCCCAAAGCCUAUGGUUUCAUAUACGCAAGUGCGUGGGUUCUCGUGAAAACUACGGAGGCUUGGUUCUAGCUGCAAAAGGCAUGAACUACAGGAAGGGAGUACUAUUUGGUGGCAAAAACCCUCAAAUCCCUGGAGAUGGCGAUCAACUGAAUGAUUUUCGUAAUGUUGCAGGUGUCUUUUACUACAUGGGAAUUGGUGAAAUUUGGACCAAGUUCACCACAACGUCUCAUUGUAUAGAGGGAGCUCUUGCAGAGUUUGAUCGGCAAUUCCCAUGGAGGAGGGCUGAGGCACCUGGAAGACAAGCCCUACAACGGCCUUUGUCACCACUCAAUGCUGGCUUGCGUACCCUCUACCGGAUCUGGAUUAGUGGGGAGCUGGCGAGUAUAGAGGGUACGGCUGAACAAUGGAUAGAUUUGGUGAAUGAUUACAUACGGAGGGGUAAGGGUAAGAGCUCUUCAACUCUCCCUGGCUGGCUCAAUCGGGUACGACAGUCAGAGACUUAUUCAAAAAGAAAGCUCAAAUUCCGAAAGGGUACGGGCCAGAGAUAUGACGAAUUACUUCUUUAG